AGAAUUGUCCCCAAUCGCAAAACCCUUCGUUCUUGCCCUCUGGGUUUAUUCGUACUCUCUCUCUCCCUCUCCGCAGAGCGCAGAUUCGAGUUGGGGGGAGUUUGGUCAGCUCUCUCGCAAGUUCCAGUGUCUGUAUCAAGUAGUCCAAGAGUUGUUCCAUUACCAAUUGCGGAGAAGCAUUAGAUAUGCAUAGCGUUCAUAGAAUCAUUUAUCGCCUAUCCUUUUUAUCGCUUAACCAAAGCACGAGAGGGUUGGGUCUUCUGAAGGAGAAGAGCCAGGUUUCAUCGAAAUUCGUGCGCGAUGUUAGUCAAGUUAAUGGAAGCCGAGGAUUUUCUGGGAAAUCAGGGUCUGGUGGGUUUGGUGGCGAUGACGGAUGGGGUAAUACGGCGGGCGGGUCGUUUGGUUCGGCCGGUUCGGAUGAUCUUAGUUGGGACAAUACUUCAAUGUGGUCAACUGGUAUGACCAAGGACCAUUUCGACGGUCAGGCCGUGGGACGUCAGACGAACCCAUCUGCUUCUGAUUCGGCGGACAGUUCUAAGAGCGGAUUGGACCCGAACCAAGUUGCCAUAGCCAAUGAAUUGCAAGAAUAUGAGGAUAUGGUGAAGGAGAUGGAACAGGAGCACAGGAGAAGCAAGGCUUUCGUCGACGGGUUGGGUGAGAGAAUGCGAGAGAUGAGCGUGUUGUUGAAGCAAGUGCGGGAGCCUGGUGCUAGGGGUACUUACCUCAAGGAUUCGGAAAAAGCGGAGAUGUACAGAUUGCACAAGGAGAAUCCCGAGGUCUACACCGUUGAGAGGCUCGCCAAGGAUUAUAGGAUCAUGAGGCAACGUGUUCAUGCCAUUCUUUGGCUCAAGGAAGAUGAGGAAGAAGAGGAGAAAAAGCUGGGUCGGCCCCUGGAUGAUUCUGUUGAGCGUUUGCUUGACGAGUGCCCUGAGUUCUUCAUCUCACAUGACAGAGAAUUUCAUGUGGCAUCACUUCCUUAUAAACCCGACUUCAAAGUGAUGCCAGAAGGAUGGGACGGUACCAUCAAAGAUAUGGACGAAGUCCACUACGAGAUCUCGAAGAAAGAGGAUGACAUGCUUUACGAGGAAUUUGUCCGGAGGUUCGAGUUCAAUAAAAUGAAAUGGAGAGGAGAGGUGAAGUGCCACAAGUACAGCAGAAGACGGGAAGCGGACGGAUGGAAGAUAACGGUGGAGAAAAUGGGUGCACGAGGAAAAAGGGGGAAUGGAGGCGGCUGGAAAUUCGUGUCUCUUCCGGACGGAUCGAGCCGGCCUCUUAACGAGGUCGAGAAGAUGUACGUUAAGCGUGAAACCCCGCGCCGCCGCCGCAAGAUCCUCCCUUGAUCGACGACGAUUCCUUUUACAUCCACCGGGUAAUGCUGCGACAAAACCAUCUCUCCCUUCAGUCUCUUUUUUCUUGGAUUUAGGGUUUUGAGCUUUGUUGAGGUGAUGGGGAAGAAACAAGAUGAGAGGAAUGGGGGGAAGAAUCUUCUCUUCUCUUCAAUGGCUGAUGGAAUAAAUUGUUAUCCUUUUCGUCCAUUUGGAUUUUAGUUUCCAAAACUAUUAUUUUUA